UGUCCGGAUGACGUCACACUACCGUCACGCUCGUCUGACCAAAGGCAUGGACAAGAUAGGGAGAGCCGGAUGGCUGCCCGGUUUCUUUUGAUAACUCGUUUUGCUUUCUGUUUUGUCCCGAUGACGUCGCACCACCAUGACCAAUCGGAGAGCUGAAGGGUGGUCACGUUCCUUCCUGAUUACUAGUUUUGCGGGAAGUUUGGUCAGCAGUGCUUCAGCAAACUCGAGGGACCCGACACUCCGACAAAACAACGCGAAGAUGCCGCCUAAAGCCAAAACAGCAGGGAAAGCAAGAGGUCCAGCGAAGCGAAAGCUGGCAGAGGAGUUUCCACCAGGAGAAGUACUGAUGGAUAAUGCAAAGAAAUCAUGGAAGCUUGGCUCACCAAUUGGUCAGGGGGGCUUUGGCCUAAUUUAUUUGGCAAAUGAAAACUCUGCAAAUACUGUUGGUGCAGAAGCUAAAUAUGUUAUCAAAGUGGAGCCGAGUGACAACGGGCCGCUGUUCUCCGAGCUCCACUUCUACAUGAGAGCGGCCAAGUCUGACCUCAUCCAGAGCUGGACGAAGUCUCACAAGAUGAAGUAUCUGGGGGUCCCGAAGUACUUGGGCUCCGGUCUGCAUGAAAGAGGAGGGAAAAAGUAUAGGUUCAUGGUGAUGGAUAGAUUCGGCACGGAUCUGCAGAAGAAGUUUGAAGAGGGCGGAAAGAAGUUCCCCAGAAAAGUGGUCCUGCAGCUCGGCCUUCGACUGCUGGACAUUUUGGAGUACAUCCAUGAGCACGAGUACGUCCACGCGGACAUCAAGGCAUCCAACCUGCUUCUCAGCCAUCAAGACCCGCACCAGGUGUACCUGGUGGAUUACGGGCUGGCCUAUAGGUACAGCCCUGAGGGCGUGCUCAAGGAGUACAAGGAAGACCCCAAGAGGUGUCACGACGGCACCAUCGAGUUCACCAGCAUCGACGCACACAAAGGAGUCGCGCCUUGCAGGAGGAGUGACCUGGAGAUCCUAGCCUACUGCAUGGUCCAGUGGCUGUGUGGUCGCCUGCCCUGGGAGGACAACCUACAGGACCCUGUCUACGUCAGGGACGCCAAACUCAGGUGUCAAGCAGACAUUCCGGGCUUCAUGUCCAAAUGUUUCCCAUCCGAAGACAAGCCAGAUGAGAUGGAGAAGUUCCUGGAGGAGAUCAAGCUCCUGGGCUACACGGACAGACCGGAGUACGACGUCCUGCGCGACAUCCUGCAGGCCGGCCUCAAGGCCGUCGGAGCCAAAGACGAUGGCAAGCUGGUGUUCACCGCCGCGGCCAAUGGAGAUGCCCCCCGCACCUCACCCGUCAAGAAGAGGGCCGGGAAGAGGAAGAAGCCGAUGGUUGAAGAGGAAGAGUCCGAUGGUACCAAAGGCAGCCCUGUUAAGAAACGGCGAACACCCAAAAAGAAAACUCCCAAAGCAAAGAGAGUCACGACCAGGUCUGUGGACACGCAGACGACCCCAGGCCUAGCGGAGGUCAAGAAGACCCGACAAAGGACCAAGAAAUCCACAGACUGACCAGCGACUCCUUACCAUCGCCGUCUGCAUCCUCUCCCUCAUGUGCUCUGUUUCUAACCCCUUCCCGGCUGCCUGGUUGAUCAUCUUUUAGCCUUUGUUUAUAAAGGUUUUGUUACGCGACUGGUUUGGUUCUGUCAUGCACUGCUUGUGUGAUCUGUCGAUGAUGGAUUGUUAGUAGGUUGUUUUUUUCGUGAGUUAAAACAAUAUGUAUUGGUUAUUAAUUAAAGUGCCACUUUAUUGUU